GCCACCUCAAAAUCAUCCGACAUGGCUCGGUUUACACUUGUAGACUGAAUUGUAUUUCAUUCGAAUGUGCAUAGCAGCCUCAAAACUGAAGCACCAUGGUCUGAUUUACACCUCUAGGCUAACAGUACCUCAAACUUAAAAAGAAAUUGUCAGUUAAUAACAAACAUCAAAAUAUUACAUUUUUUAAACUUAUGUUAUCAUAUGUACUAUACAUUUCUCUUUACAUUUUAUGUUCUCUAUAAAGCAGAUAUAUAGCUAGAUUGAGCUGCAUCCUAUGUAAGUCUUGGAGGAAUAGGGCUGUCUUGUUCUCACUUGACAGGAAUCUUAUCUAACAAAGACUUUGGGAUAAUGGAUUCUCCUCUUUACAAUCUGGGUUCUUUUUUAAAUUGAAAGAACUUUGAUUGCAUUACUAGUACUAAUUCCUGAAUCUUGACCAUUUGAUCUAGAUCAAGAUUAUUAAGUUCUGCUAGAUACUGACCCAGGGGAAGGAUUCAAACUCGACUGAAAGGAUCUUCAUUCGAGAGAUUGAAACAGAAAAGUGGUUAUGAGCGAGCUCGAUUCUGGAAGGCCAAAGCCAUGGAACAUCCAUGGCGGUUCGUCUCAAACAGAAGUUGGCAGAGAAAGUCAAUGGAAUAGCUUCACCACAUCCAUGAAUGCCAUUUCUUUUGGCUUUCUGGCUACAGCAAUAUUGAUAUCAAUGUUUGUUAUAAUGGCUAUAUUCGAGCAUCUGUUUAGGCCAAAUUCUUUGUCUCGAGAUGACUCUACUGCCCACUUGGAAUCACCACAAAUGCAGAAACUUGGAGAUUCACAAACAGUCCAAACUACAUCAUAUGCAUCAGAUUUCUCAGUAGUAAUGCCAGGCCAGCAGUAUCCCACCUUCAUUGCACAACCUUCUCCUCUGCCUUGUCAAAGAGGAGGAGUUUAUUGGCCCUCCCAUCAAAAUACAUAGUUUUGACUUUUUUGUACACGUCUUUCUUCUUUUAUCUUAUGGGAUCAUUGUGUUUAGAGAAAAAAUGAAAUUUUAUCGUGUAUAUCCCUUUAAGGGUUUUGCUACAAGUACACCAAGUUAUGUAUAGCCCCCCUCACAAUAGGGGGAACACGAUUUUUUAAUGCGCGCGAGCUCUCCUUUGUGAGACACAGCUCGGUGUACAAAUAUCAAAAGCCAU